AUGUCUUCUGCACAACCCAAUAAUCAAAAUGAUGAUGAUUUCAUUGUGGUUUGGAUUGAUGAAAGUGACGUUGAUACAAAUCAUUGGGCCAGCACUCGAUUCGGUCAUGCUACUCAUACUAUUCGAACAUUUGACGAUGUCGAAGAAUGUAUUGCUUACAUCCAAACAACCAAGAACGAGAGUAUUUUUCUCAUUAUAUCCGAAUUAUUUAUUCAACAGUGUAUCUUUCAAUUUCAUGAGUUACCCCAACUUCAUUCGAUCUAUAUCUUAUCGUCACAUGAAUUAACAUCAGACGAUGACUACCCAGCAGUGCACAAGAAAGUGAGAGGUAACUAUUCGGAUAUUCUCUCACUUUUUGAACAUCUAACACAAGAUAUUCGAGUAGCAGAAGCUACUACUUCACCAAUCAGCGUUCUUAACCCAACUUUAAUAUCAUUCAAAGAUCUAAAUACACUUGAUUGUUCUUUCAUCUUUUCACAUUUAUUCAAAAAUAUCAUGCUCGAAUUUAAUGAUAAUGUUCAAUUACAACAACAUUUUAUUGAGUUUUGCCGAGAAAAAUAUGCUAAAAAUAAAGGAGAAUUGAAGAUUAUCAAUGAAUUUGAUGAACAUUAUCAAAAUCAUUCGCCAAUAUGGUGGUAUACAAGAGAAUGUUUUCUAUCCAAGAUGCUUGACAAAGCUAUGCGAAUGCAAGACAUCGAUAUUUUAUUCAAAAUGAAGUUUUUCCUUCGAGAUUUACAUCAACAAAUCGAGCAACUGCAUUCCACCAUGCCGACCAAUAUCUUUCAUGUUUUGUACCGAGGACAAGGAUUAUUUAACGAACAAUUCGAAAUAUUAAAAACAAACAUUCAUGGCACAUUGUCUUUUAAUAAUUUCUUCUUGGCCAAUAGCAGUCAUGACAUUUCACUUCGCUUUGCUCAACACUCACUCGAUAGAGACAAUAUUGUUGCUGUUAUUUUUGAAAUUCAUAUAGAUCCAUCUAUUCGAUCGACACCAUUUAUAUCUCUAGAUGGAAUUGGCUAUUUUCCUACUGAAACCGAUAUUCUCUUUUCUUUACAUUCAAUAUUUCGGAUACAAGAUGUCGAAUACAUGAAUAAUCGUAUAUGGAACAUUCGACUAGCAUUGAUCAGUGAUAAUGAUCCUCAUUUACGUUCGCUAACUCACUUCAUACAAACCGAAAUUCAAGGCUUCAAUUCUAUGCAUUGUUUGGGAUCAUUUAUGUUAAAUAUGCAUGAAUACAGCAAAGCCGAAUAUAUUUUCGAACGUGCCCAUAGUGAAUCUUCACACAAAUGUAAAAGUGAACUUGCUUUUAUUGAAGAUAACCUUGGACGCAUCUGUUACGAAAAGAACGAUUGGAAAGGUUCACUGGAACAUUAUCAAAAGUCACUCUGCAUCAAAUUGACUCCUCCGACUGACAGUGAUCCCCAGUUGGCAUUGACUUAUGUCAAUCUUGCGUCUCUAUUCAAAAAAAUGGAUAUAUUUGAUUCAGCGAUGGAACAAUAUCGAUGUGCACUGAACAUACAAUUGAAAUCUUCUACACCCAAUCAAGAACAAAUGGCUUUGUGCUAUAUGAGCAUUGGUGAUCUACUAUGUCAACGUAGCAAUUUCGAAGAAGCACGUCAAAAUCUAAAGAAUGCUUUGAAGAUUCAACUCCGCGUUCUUCCAGCUGUCCAUCCUGAUUUGACUAAAACGCGCAAACAUUUAUUUGAUGUUUGUUGUUCUAUGGGCGAUUAUCAUAAAGCACUCGAACAAGCGAAAGCAUUAUUGCGCAUUGCUCAAAAAUCUUAUCCAACAAAUCAUUUUCAACUUGCCAUUGCUCACAAUAAUAUUUCUGUUUGUUUAGAUAAACUCGGACAAUAUCAAGAAGCACUCGAAGAAGUCGAAAAGGCGGUAAAAAUUGGUCAACAUACUUACCCUUUGGGUCAUCCUAAAAUGAGCGAACUUGAGACUUUGCUAGAGCUGGUUCGUUGGAAGAAUGCUCAACUUUUUGAUAAUCAUUAA